UUUCGGCAAUGACUUCUUUCAAGAAACAUAACGACAAGUCUGCAUUUUCGGGGAAAUCCAUCCUAUAUCUGAACCGGCAUCAGACUGAAGAGUGGAAAGGAUAUAUGCAGGCAAGUAAUUUGGUCUUGUUUUUGAUGUACCAUUACUUUGCCGCAUCAGAGAUCUACAAUGCAAUUCUUGUUUUUAUAGCUGCAUAUGUUUGGAUGACUGGUUUUGGAAACUUCUCUUACUACUACAUCCGUAAAGAUUUCAGUCUUGCUCGAUUUGCUCAGAUGAUGUGGAGGCUAAAUUUUUUCGUGGCAUUCUGCUGUUUCGUUCAUAACAAUGACUACAUGCUAUACUAUAUCUGCCCUAUGCAUACUCUCUUUACACUCAUGGUCUAUGGAGCCCUUGGUAUAGGUUACAAUUAUAACGAGAUAAGAUCGGUGAUGGCUCUGAAAAUCUUUAUGUGCCUUUUUGUUGUGAUAUUGGUGUGGGAAAUUCCGGGUGUUUUCGAAAUUUUGUGGAGUCCUCUCACUUUCUUGUUAGGGUAUAGUGACCCGGGAAAACCAGACCUUCCACGGCUACAUGAAUGGCAUUUUAGAUCAGGACUCGAUCGAUACAUAUGGAUUGUUGGAAUGAUCUAUGCUUACUUUCACCCAAAUGUUGAGAAGUUGAUGGAGAAAUUGGAAGAAGCUGAGGCCAAGCGGAGGCGCACAAUAAAAACAUCUAUUGCCACAAUCGCUUUAGUUGUAGGGUAUUUGUGGUAUGAAUACAUAUACAAGCUGGACAAAGUUGCAUACAACAAGCUCCAUCCUUACACAUCGUGGAUUCCCAUAACGGUCUAUAUUUGCUUACGUAACUUCAGUCAGGAACUUCGUAAUUUUUCUUUGACCCUCUUCGCGUGGCUUGGCAAAAUAACUUUGGAAACAUACAUCUCCCAAUUCCACAUAUGUCUGAGGUUUCUUGAUUGGCCGAACCCCGGGUGGACCCAACCCAAUCAACCCCGCCUCCGAUUCCUCCUUCCUCAACUCCGUCGAGCAUCUCCACGACGUCCAUCUCCGAUUGUUAUCCUCCGUCGUGCGCUUCCG